AUGACUGUCCUUAACCUGACCCCGCUACCGGCGGACGAGAUCUUCGCUCUCAACCGCGAAUACGCCAACGACACUUUCCCCGACAAAGUCAGUCUCGGUGUCGGUGUCUACCGCACUGACGAUGGCAAGCCCUGGCCAUUGCCCUCCGUCCGCAAGGCCGAGCAGCAAUUGCUCGCCGAAGACAGCCCCUUCCGCCACGAAUACACCGCGAUUGAAGGCGACAUCCCGUUCCUCGAGCUGGCUCGGGACCUGAUGUUCGGCUUCGACUCCAAAAACCUCUGCGAGGAGCACAAGGCCCUGAAAGGUCGCAUUGGCUCCGUCCAGUCCGUCGCCGGCACUGGCGCCAACCAUUUGGGCGCUCUCUUCCUCGCUCACAAGAUGAAGCCCAAGACCGUCUGGCUCUCCGACCCCUCCUGGGCCAACCAUGUCACCAUUUGGGACCUCGUCGGCGUCCCCCGCAAGACCUACCCCUACUACAAGCCCGAGACCCGCUCUUUCGACUUCGAGGGCAUGAUGUCCACCCUUGAAUCCGACGCCCAGGAAGGCGACGUGAUUCUUCUGCAUGCCUGCGCGCACAACCCCACCGGUCUCGACCCCUCCAAGGAGCAAUGGAAGGCCAUUGCCGAGAUCUGUGAGCGUAAGAAGAUCUUCCCCUUCUUCGACUCCGCCUACCAAGGUUUUGCCUCCGGAUCCGCCGAUGAGGACGCCUGGGCCGUGCGCUACUUCCUCAACGAGAAGCCACAGAUGGAAAUGUGUGUUGCGCAGUCCUUCUCCAAGAACUUCGGUCUUUAUGGCCAGCGUGUCGGCGCUUUCCAUUACGUCGUCGCAGAGGGAUCCCAGAACCUCCGCGAUCUUGUCGUCAACAACCUCUGCCACUUCAUUCGCGGCGAGUUCUCCAUGGGUCCUACUGGCGGUUGCUCCAUCGUCAAGAAGGUCUUGACGAACGAUGCCCUCACCACGCAAUGGCACGAUGAUCUCAAGGUCAUGAGCUCCCGUAUCAAGGCCAUGCGCGCUGCCCUGUACGAUGAGCUCGUCAGACUUGAGACCCCCGGAACUUGGAAGCACAUCGUUGAACAGAAUGGCAUGUUCUCCUACACUGGCCUCACCCCGACCCAAGUCCAAGCCCUGAAGGAGAAGUACCACGUCUACCUCAUCAAAUCCGGCAGAGCUUCUAUCAGCGGCUUGAGCCAGAAGAACGUCGCCUAUGUCGCGAAAGCUUUCGACGACAUUGUCCGCAACGUCAAAUAA